UUACUCAUCUUGGCCUAUAGAAUUAAGGGGGAAAUAGCAGCUCCGUUUGCUCGGGACGCCCCGAGACCCGAAUCCAACGUACCUCCCCUUCGCGCUGAAGUAGUUGGACGGAGAAGAGGAGGAAGAGAGAGAGAGAGGGAGGGAGGAAAGGAAGAGUGGAGUAGGGCCAAAAGACCUGCAAAUCACCCCUUACACUUGGCGCCAAUCUGGCGGAAAAAAAUUAAACGUGAUUAAACGUAAAAUCUAGCGUUUAACGAAUAGUAUUUUUUGUGCCUGCAUAUCUGCCAUCGUCUGAUUUGAUAGGGGUCUUGCUAUCUAGCUAGAUCGCUAGCAUCGUUAGCUAUCAUUUUCAUAAUCUUGCCCCCCUCUCGUUGCAAAUAAUUUAGCAAACAACAAGCACGACACAAUAGCGUUGCCGGUCCGGUAGUUGAUUCAAGGUGGUCGUCACUAAACAACAAAAUGGGGAGGAAGUCAAACCGAGCGAAGGAGAAGAAGCAGAGGAGACAGGAGGAGAGGGCGGCCAUGGACGCCGUCUGCGCCAAGGUGGAGGCAGCCAAUAAGUUGGACGACCCCCUGGCGGCGUUCCCUGUCUUCAAAAAAUACGACAGAAACGGGUUGAACCUCCAGAUCGAGUGUAAGAGGGUGUCCUCCCUCAACCCCAUCUCAGUGGAGUGGGCCUACGAGCUGACCAGGGCCAACAUGCAGACUCUCUACGAGCAGAGCGAGUGGGGGUGGAAGGAGAGAGAUAAGAGGGAGGAGAUGAAGGAUGAGAGGGCGUGGUACCUGCUGGCCCGGGAGGCUGACUCCACCCCCGUCGCCUUCUCUCACUUCCGAUUUGACGUUGAGUGUGGGGAGGAGGUGCUGUACUGUUAUGAACUCCAGCUGGAGAGCAGAGUGAGGAGGAAAGGGCUUGGAAAGUUCCUCAUCCAGAUACUACAGCUCAUAGCUAACAGCACACAGAUGAAGAAGGUGAUGCUGACGUUAUUCAGACACAACCACGGGGCCUACCAGUUCUUCAGAGAAGCCUUACAGUUUGAGAUAGACGACACCUCGCCCAGCAUGUCCGGUUGCUGUGGCGACGACUGCUCCUAUGAGAUCCUGAGCAAGCGGACCAAGCACGGGGAGGCCUCCGGCCACACCCACGGGGGCGGGCACUGCGGUGGCUGCUGCCAUUGAGAGGGGAGAACACAGAGCCACUUCCUGUUUCCUCACUUCCUGGUUCGGCGAUCAAACGAUGCCCCCCCCCACCUCUGUUUAUAGUCAUCACAUCGGCCAUCACACACCUGACUGACCCUACUGUUAUGUAACGACUCCCAAACACACACACACACACACACACUCUCUCUUUCCUAACGCUCUUGUUCUGUGUCUGAGUCUGCCUGGUAACCUUUAUAGAGCGGUGGGAGAGCUACUCCUGUUGAGUCAGGUGUUCUGCACCUGCGUAACACUCCUGAACGCAGCCCGCGUGAUCGCAACGGUUUCAAACGCUGCUCAGGGGAGAAGACACGCCGACUCUGUACAAGAUCUCCUCUCUUCUCUCCUCUCUCUCUCUCGCCCUCCCUCUCUCCUCUUUCUCAUCCCUCCAUCGUUACCUUAGUCUGUAGUCUGCAUGAAGAUUUCAGUGUUUUUUUUCUCCUCUCUGUUUCCUGCCCUGCCAGUUAGUUGGGGGAAGAGGGGGGAGGCAG